AUGAAUGGCAUCAUCAAGAACGCGCUACGCGCCUCGACUCUUCGUGUGCUGUCGUCAACAUCAUCGUCGUCCAGUGGUGUCGGAAUGGCACGCGGUCGACCCGCCCGAGCGUUAUGGAACAUGUGCGCGGACCGGCAAUGUUCUGAACCCGCACCUACUACCUCCUUGCUAAAACUGCACGACAAUUUUCAUCCCCGAAGAUACUACAGCAAGUCACAUACCAAAGCGGAGAAAGAACUGGUAGAGUUUUUGGCAGAAGAGAUAGUAGCAGAGAAGAAGGCACAAAAAUUAAAGACUAUACCCACAAAAUUAGAUGAUUUUAUAGUGUCUCUUAAUGGUGCAGAGGUUAAACUUGAGAAAAAGGAUGGUUUUGAUACCAUUCAUAUUUCCUUCAAUGUGAACCAUACUGUAGAUGCAGAUACUGAAGCUGAAGUAGAUCCUCGUCAAGAUAAUAUGGAAAUUGGUGACAUGAAGAGCAAACCUACAUUCUCUAUAGAUAUAAUUAGGGGCAAUCAAACUUUGGGUUUCACAUGUUCCUUUAACAAUGAAUCUGGCGCAUCAGGAGCUGAUGAUAAUUACAAUGAUAUCUUUGGCAUUGAUGAAAUCACACUGUAUGAAGGUGAACAUACUGAAAAAGUAUACUCUGUAGCUGGUGAGAUCAUCGACGGUUAUUUAUACGAUCUGUUGAUGAACUACCUUGAAGAAAAAGGCAUUUCUAACGAAUUCGCAGAAAAACUGAUCCAUUUGAGCACAAAUUACGAGCACACAGCAUACGUUAGCUUGCUGGAGGGUUUAUCCAAGUUUACAUCUGGAAAGUAAUUCUAAGAGCUAAAAUACUUCAACUUAAGAUUUCUUGUAACUUACGAUUUAAUAGUUGUAUGCAUGUAUUGUUAAAUAUAUAUAUGUGUAACAGUUAA